CACGUAUUGAGAUUUCAGCUACAUUCUUAUCCUUCGACCACCUCUCCUGGCUUCCGCAGCCCUACCACUGCACACCGCCAAGCUCUCUGGUCUCUGCGUCUCCCAUCACUUGGGCUCAUUCUCUUUUGAGUCAAAUUCAGAAAUGGGAAGUCCAGCUUAUCAAACCCGCAUCCGUUUCCCAAUUGCUUUGGCUUCUCCUAGUUGCCUGGUUUUCAAGCAGCCUAGAGUCGUGUUGUCCGAGAAUUUGGGUGAGAAAGUUACUUCUAUUGGAUUUAAAAAGGUACCAAGGAGGUCAAUAUUGCAGCUCAUGGUAUUUGCUCCAAUAUUUGCAACUGCCAAUACGAUUUUAGCAGCACCGAUGCAGGAGAUGAAUGAACCUGAUGUGGUAAGGACAUUGAAGCUUCCCAGUGGAGUGAGGAUACAAGAAAUUGUUGAAGGCAAAGGACGGGAAGCAUCUGAGGGUGAUCUUGUGGAAAUAAACUAUGUAUGCUGGCGUUCAAAUGGAUAUUUUGUCCACAGCACGGUCGAUCAAUUUAGUGGAGAAAGUGCUCCUGUUAUACUCUCGCUGGAUGACAAGCAGAUUGUUAAAGGUCUGAAGGAGGUUUUGAUUGGAAUGAAAGCUGGAGGAAAGAGAAGAGCACUGAUACCUCCUUCUGUCGGUUACAUCAGUGAAAACCUAGCACCUGUCCCGGAAGAGUUUGGGCCUAGGCGGAGUCUUUUGUCUCACGCGAAAGAGCCUUUAAUAUUUGAAGUGCAACUUUUGAAGGUUUUGUGACUUGUGGAGUUGGAUCCUAUCUUUACAUAUAUUUCGCAUAUAAUUGAUGUGGAGCACUAGGCAUACUCGAAUACAACCAUUGGUUAUCCGAUACAACCAUCAUCGCUAGCUUGAAUACCCAACCAGAAUACAACCAUUGGUUAUUUAUGAUGUUGAUCCUGGAAUUGUUGAGUGAUAGUACGUGCUAACAGAAAGGAAACCAGGGGAGGGAGUUAACAGGUAGCAUAUGACUGAAGAAAAAAAGCAAAUGCGCCAGAGGGUUCACGAGCAAAGUCAAGCCGAGACGAGAAAAAUUUAGUAGUAAACCACCGGCCUUUGAACCGGUGGCCACCAUCAAUGCAUUAAGGCUUGAUGGGGCGGGAAAUAAAGAUUCAAACCUUGUCUUCUAUCAACUUGUCACAAUUAAAUGUGAUCUUAUUUAAAAAA